AUGAAGACUAUCCACCUCCCUGGCAAGCAAUGUUGCUCUUGGUUCUUACUUGGCCUACUCUUUAUCAUUGCUUCCCUUGCUUCAGCUGCAGAGAAUCACUACCAUGAGUUUGUUAUUCAAACUGCGCCAGUGAAGAGGCUGUGCAGAACCCACAACAUACUCACUGUAAAUGGGCAGUUUCCUGGCCCAACAGUGGAAGCAAGAAAUGGAGAUUCUCUUGCAAUCAAAGUAGUAAAUGCUGGACCAUAUAACAUAUCCAUCCACUGGCAUGGCUUAAGGAUGUUGAGAAAUCCAUGGGCAGAUGGGCCUAGUUAUGUGACUCAGUGUCCCAUUCAACCUGGGGGGAGUUACACAUACCGCUUUACAAUCCAAAACCAAGAGGGGACACUAUGGUGGCAUGCUCACACUGGUUUCCUAAGAGCCACUGUCUAUGGAGCUCUCAUCAUAUAUCCAAAAUUGGGUUCUCCUUAUCCUUUCUCCAUGCCUAAGAAAGAAUUUCCCCUCCUUCUUGGGGAAUGGUUUGAUAGGGAUCCAAUGGUUCUCUUAAGGCAGACACAAUUCACAGGAGCACCUCCAAAUGUAUCUGUCGCAUACACAAUUAAUGGUCAACCUGGAGAUCUCUACAGAUGUUCAAGUCAAGAAACCGUACGUGUUCCAGUAGAUGCUGGUGAAACAAUUCUCUUGAGAAUCAUCAACAGUGCACUCAAUCAAGAACUCUUCUUCUCAAUUGCCAACCACAGGAUGACUGUUGUUGCUACUGAUGCUGCUUACACCAAGCCUUUCACCACCAAUGUCCUCAUGAUAGGUCCUGGCCAGACAAUCAAUGUUCUGGUCACUGCUGAUCAAGUCCCCGGAAGAUACUACAUGGCAGCACGCGCAUAUCAAACAGCCAUGAACGCUGCAUUUGACAACACUACCACCACUGCAAUCCUUGAAUACAAAUCUGUUAGCUGCGGCAAGAAAAAUGGGCAGCUCCAAAGACCAAUACUGCCAGUGUUGCCAGCUUUCAAUGACACAGCCACUGCAACUGCGUACACAGCAGGGAUCAGAGGCCUUUCUAAGAUCAAUGUCUUCACAAAAGUUGAUGUGAGCCUAUAUUUUGUUGUUGGGUUGGGGUUAAUCAACUGCACAAAUCCUAAUAGUCCAAGGUGCCAAGGACCCAAUGGAACCCGAUUUGCAGCCAGCAUAAACAAUCAGUCCUUUGUACUUCCCACAACCACAUCCCUUAUGCAAGCCUAUUAUCAAGGUAUUCCUGGUGUCUUCACCACAGACUUUCCUCCAGUUCCUCCUCUACCAUUCAAUUACACUGGUAAUGUGCCCAGGGGGCUAUGGACCCCUAGACGAGGAACUAAGCUCAUCAAGGUGAAGUAUGGUUCCAAUCUGCAAAUUGUUCUACAGGACACAAGCAUAGUAACAACAGAGGACCACCCUAUGCAUGUUCAUGGAUUCCACUUCUUUGUAGUUGGUUCAGGCUUUGGCAACUUCAACCCAGCAACAGAUCCUGCAAGGUUUAACCUCGUAGACCCACCUGUGAAGAACACCAUUGGAACACCACCAGGAGGAUGGGUGGCCAUUCGUUUUGUGGCCGAUAAUCCAGGAAUUUGGUUCUUGCAUUGCCACAUAGACUCACAUCUAAAUUGGGGUCUGGCAACGGCACUUUUGGUAGAAAAUGGAGUUGGUCCAUCUCAGUCAGUGAUUCCUCCACCACCAGAUCUGCCCCAGUGUUAG